UUCGAAACUGGAAGUCAAGGUUCUAAACAAGGACGAAUACGACGAGACAGUGAAGGAAGAAGCAAAUUUUCAGGUUACGGAGAUCGACCAGGUUCUGGCGUUGAGUUCAGUCCGUUUGAAUGGAAAGGCGGCGAGAUACUGUAUGACCCAAAACAGCUUCCGAAAUCGUUAAAACCGCGUCGACUAUAUUACUCGCCAAUUGGCGACGGCGUUGUUGCUGCGGAUGGUGUUGAACUGAAGCGACGUCCGAAGGAUAUGUCGCCAAGAAUAACUGUCAGUCAUAUACGAACAGUUGAACCUGGAGAACCUGGUCGACCUGGUUACAAUCUCUAUGAACGGCAUGUCACUCAGGAAAACUACUUUCCGAUUUUUUCAGAAAACAGAUACGGAAGUGCGCCACCGACCGAUUACAAUACGUAUGACACUUAUUCAGCUCCAAAUCGCUACGGCACUUACAAUGCUGGUGACCGUUACACACCAGACGUUCACGGAAAUGAUAAUUUUGAUAACAGAAGUAAAACCGGUGAUCGAUACAGCACUAAUGGUUAUUCAACGUCGGAUCGCUAUGGUAAUUAUGGAAACAGAUAUGGCAGCGAAGACCGAUACAGAAGUGGUAACCAACCAGACGAUGUGUAUGCUUCAUAUAACAGACAUCGAUGUACGUCAGAGUCAUCUGGAAAAUACAAUGUUGCAAAAGAAUAUUUAAUAACAAAUCCCAGAGAGUUAAUUCAUCAUUACGCCACCACAACUCCAGUAGCGGUUUUAGAUCCAAACACCGAUAAUCAAACAAAUUUGAGGAACGUGAAAAAACAAUAUAUUUUUGAAACGGAAGAAAGGUUAGUUCUGAAGUUUCUUAAACUCCCCACAGUGGUUAAACUAAACAAGCUUUGGCUCUAUUUUUUUUUAGAUUUAACAAGUUCACAAAGAGAAGCAAAUCGGUGUCGCGAACCAUUGAAUGUUAAAGACGAACAAACUACGCGUAGAAUUUCUGAAAUUUGUCAGAAAACCAAGCGUGAAGUUUCGCCGCGAGAGAUCGACUACAUUACGGAGAAACUGCUGUGCGACUUGCGAACCGGUCACCCUACGCCUUCACCACUGUAA